AUGGCUACAAACCCACAAUAUGGCGGCACGACCUACCAAUCCAUCGUCAUCGCCCUCGUCGCCGGCGGAAUCCUCUCGACCGGCGUCAUCUCGAUCAUCUGGAAACGGCGUCAGGCACGACGAUGGGCCGAGAUGCGGCGGAGACUGCCAGUGGGUGGGGAUGCGGCGCGAGAUAGUGCUGGUUGGGGAGGAGGAUUGAGGGGUGGUGGACUGGGCAAAGAGCCGGGGAUUUGGGAUGUGGUCUUUGGGGAGAAGGAGCGGAUAUCGGACGGAGGCAAGGGGGAGGUGGUGGAUGGGGAUGGCGAGAAGAGGGAGGAAAGCGAGGCUGAGGAUCUGGAUGGCGAGAUGGGGACUGGCUGGAGGCCUACAUCCCUCUCCCUCACUUCCCCGUCAUCCUCAGCUGCGACUGGGUCAAAAUCGCCUAGCACCGCUCCGAUACCCUCAUCCCCACACUCCGCCGAGAUCACCGUCCUCAUAGCCAUGCCUGAUCCCAUGAACGCCUCCGCCGGACCCUCUACCCCUCGUCGCUCUACACAACCAUACGAUCCCCCAGACUAUUCACCAAUAUAUCACUACCCCCUUUCCUCCCCCUCCCCCUCUGAUCCGAACGACGACGAUGAUCGACCCCUUCCCUUGCUCGAGAUCGGAAGCACCUCCAUCCCCGUCAUUCCAUCUCCGCGGACAGGUCUCAAAGGCCAGCCAUUACCGGACCGGAUCGAGGAUAUUAUCAAAGCUGCCGCGGCGCAGCGGGAGGCGGCUUCGGGUGGACGGAGGAAUCGGAGCAGAAGUACAGCGUGGGACGGAGUCAUGCCCUCGCCUGCACUGCAGGAUCUGUAUGGUGCACCCGGGCAAGCGGCUCAGUCAACAGAACCGGCUCGGGAUCCUAUGACUGCGGCGUCGGCAGCGGGGAGGUUUGCAAUGUUGAGAAAUGGGGCAUUGGCUGGAUUUGGGUCGCCAGGCGGAAGAAGGGCAUGA